CAUUUGAACAGCGGUGUCAGGACAGUGGUGGCAGCAAGAGCUGCAGGACUGGCAGAGGGCAAGGCAUCAUGGCCCUUGCUCUGCGCUUCUUCCUCCUGCUCCUCCUGGCAGCGGCCCUGCCUGACAGGGCUGCCCAGGCUGCUCCACAGCGAGCAUGGCGAGCAGGUCCUCCUACAUGGACGAACCAAAACAUAGAAGACGAGAAAUCCCUGGAGGCAUCCCGACUUCUGGACAAGAUGUUGAGUGAUCUGGAGACACGCCGUGAGAUGAAGAAAAUGGCUUUGCUGAAGGCAGUGUUUCCCGAAGGAAACAGUGGCACGUGGGCAGCCUCUGCAGAAGGAAGGGAGGCCAUGCCAGGCACAGUCCCAGGAGAUGAGGGUGCUGAGACAGCUUCUCCAGCAGCUGGGAUGGAAGAUGGUUUGGAACCAUUAGGAGGUUCUGCAGGUGUGUCUGCAGGGAGGACUUUCCCAGCUCCUUUGCUGAUUGGUGUGCAGAAGCCCCACUUCCAUCGCAGGGGUCCUCCUAGAGGGAGGAACAAACCUACAGAAGAUAUCAAGUCCCUGGAGACAUCGAAACACAUGGAUGUGAUGCUGAGUGAUCUGGACAGACGCCGUGAUGUUAUGACAGAAACAGGAGUCAAUGUUAAGGAUCCAGUGCGCCUCUCAAGAAUUGUCGGCCCGCGGGACGUGCGCAAAUCCUGCGUCAUAGACACAGUGUUGACUGUCCUCACUGUGCAACUUGUGCUGAUAUGCGGCUUUUUUGGGAUCCGGAAAGUGUACAAGAUCAGACGGAAUUCUUCUGUAGCUCCAGCAUCCUGGUAG